AACCCUUGAGCACUAAAACCCUACAACCACACCUCAGGUAAACUCAUCUUUCUCAUGUCACCGACGGAGCUAAAACCCCAGAAUCCCCAACCAUAACAACAACAAAUCAAUCAUCAAUCAACUCGAUAAUGGCGGCCGCUUCGAGAGGCCUCGUUUCUCGUGUCAGUCACCUCCUCUCCGCCGGUCCUCCUCUUAGAUCCCUAUCAUUUUCCCAGCGGCGGAGCUUCACCGCCGAGCCAGAAUUUGAAACCACCGCAUCUCGAAUCAUCGACCCCAAACCCGGCGUCAUGACUCCCGAUUCCAGGCGCACUGGCACCAUCGCCGUUAAAUGUGGAAUGACGGCGCUCUGGGACAAGUGGGGCGCCAGGGUUCCUAUUACCAUUCUCUGGAUGGAUGAUAACAUCGUCUCCCAAGUCAAGCUCCCCGAAACCGAAGGCUUUUGUGCGCUUCAGAUUGGAUGUGGACAAAAAAAGGAGAAGCAUUUGAGAAAGCCUGAAGUAGGUCAUUUUAGAGCUCAAGGUGUGCCCAUGAAAAGGAAGCUCAGGGAGUUUCCAGUGACUGAGGAUGCUCUUCUUCCCGUUGGAACGACACUAGAUGUCCGCCAUUUUGUACCGGGGCAAUAUGUUGAUGUAACCGGAAUUACAAAAGGGAAGGGGUUUCAGGGUGGUAUGAAAAGGUGGGGAUUUAAAGGUAUGCCUGCAUCACAUGGUGCAUCAUUGUCACAUCGAAGUAUCGGCUCUACUGGUCAAAGGGAUGCGCCAGGAAAGGUUUUCAAGGGAAAGAAGAUGCCUGGGCACAUGGGUGUUGAACAGAGAACAGUUAAAAAUGUUUGGGUUUACAAAAUUGACCCGGCAAGGAACCUGAUGUGGGUGAGAGGCCAGGUCCCAGGCGCUACAGGAAAUUUUGUCUUCAUAAAAGAUGCUGUGUACAAGAAGCCAGACGUCACUUUACUUCCAUUUCCUACUUAUUUUGCACCAGAAGACGAGGAUCCAUCACAACUGGAACCUAUAGUAGCUGAUCAUGGUGAUAUAGACCCCUUCAUGGCAGCAGAUUGAGGGCUGAACGCUAUUUUUUUAAUUCGGUUUGAGGCAUUAGAGCAAGGUCUGUUUUGAAAUGGUGGUUUUAUGAAUUGUAUUUGGUUUAAGGAUACGAGCUCUAAAUAGAAGAUGGAAGGGUUGUGAUAGUUGUAUUAGAAUCAAUCCUUGAUUGUCUUGUUUUCAUGUUUCUCUAAUAAAUACACAAGGUUUUAUGCCAAAAUUAGAGAAGUUUGUUUCCAGUUUUAA